AUGGGCAAGGAAGAAAUUGUCGAGUCGCCUCCUAUGGACGAUGUAGCGUCUGAUGCAAUCAAAGAUGUCCCCGCGGAGCAAAAUGACGGUCUUCACAAAACGCUAAAAGACCGUCAUUUGAGUAUGAUAGCCAUGGGUGGUGCCCUCGGGACUGGUUUGCUAGUAGGGACUGGAUCAGGAUUGGCAAAGACAGGGCCUGCGGGAAUCUUGAUUGACUAUAGUGUGAUUGGUGUGAUAGUCUUCAUGGUGAUGGCGGCACUCGGUGAAAUGACCUCCUUAGCCCCCAUGUCGCGUGGAUUUGGUGGCUAUGCUUCCCGUUUCGUUGACCCUGCUCUCGGAUUUGCUACAGGAUACGCAUAUUUCUUCAAGUAUCUUCUCGCAACACCCAAUCAGCUAUCAGCCGCUGCUCUAAUUAUACAGUUCUGGACUGGAGACAGCGUGAAUCCAGCGGUCUGGAUCACCGUCGCUUUGGUAAUAGUCCUAGCGAUCAAUUAUGCUAGCGUCAAGGCAUUCGGAGAGUUUGAGUUUUGGCUAUCAUCUAUCAAAAUCAUCAUUUUGAGUGGCGCUAUAAUCUUAAUGCUAGUCUUGGCCCUUGGUGGUGGUCCCGGGUUUAGCAGAACUGGGUUUCGAUACUGGAAUACUCCAGGUGCUUUCGCAGCAUAUAAACUCGAAGGUUCACUUGGCAAGUUUGUUGGUGUCUGGAGUACAAUGCUACAGGCCGUUUAUGCCUAUGGUGGAACUGAGCUGGUCGCUGUGACAGUCGCAGAAGCUCAGGACCCUAGGUUUGCGAUGGCGCGAGCAGUGAAGCUCACCUUCUUUCGCAUCGUCAUUUUCUACAUUCUGUCCGUUCUGUUUCUGGGAAUGGUUGUCCCAUACAAUAGCCCCCAGUUGGAAUUCGCUACAGGGUCUAGUACCAGCGCUGCAGCGUCGCCUUUUGUGGUGGCUAUCAAGCUUGCCAAAAUCGAAGUCCUUGAUCACAUUAUCAAUGCUUGCCUGCUUAUUUUUGUCAUAUCAGCCGCUACUUCAGACGUUUCUUAUUUGGGCUCACCUCAAACAGACUUCUAUAUUGCUACAAGAACAAUCUAUAACAUUGCGUCGGAUGAAAAGGCUCCAAAGUUCAUGACUCGAACAAAUGACCGAGGUGUUCCAAUUCUUGCUAUGGUUCUACCUGCUCUAUUCUGCCUGCUAGCAUAUAUGAGCAUCACAUCUGGCGCAAAAAGUGUUUUUGGAUAUUUGACUACCAUGGUUGCCACAUUUGGCAUGCUCACUUGGAUUUCUAUCCUGGUAACGCAUAUUUGUUUCACCCGUGCUGUAAAGGCACAGCAGAUUCCCGCUGAAUUGUUUGCUUACCGAGCCCCGCUAAGAGAAUGGGGGUCUCUUGGAGCUCUAGUGGUACUCAUCAUCUUGACUAUCACGAAAGGAUUCGAGGUGUUCUUAUUCAGCUUUGAUUAUAAGAACUUCAUCGUGCAGUACAUUGGGCUACCGGUCUAUCUAGUGUGUAUCUUUGGUUAUAAGAUUCAUUUCCGCACCAGACGUGUCAAAGCGUUCGAAGCUGAUUUGGUGACUGGUGUUUCCACUGAGCCCAUUGCGCAAGCCAUGGCUCGUCGGGAGACUCAACGGGAAGAGCAAACCGCGACGAAACCUGCAUUUGUUCGGAUGUGCGAUAAAUAUGUUUCUAUGUUGUUUUAG